AUGCAAUUCGAGCAGCAUCCCGCCUACUCUAGUCCAUUCUAUCCUCCAGGAUACGGCGGCUACACAAGCCCCCCACCAGGUGGAAUGCCUCCCCGCGCGAACUUCUACGAAGGUGGCUUCGGCGCCUCUAUCCCCACCCCUGCCCCAUCCCCAAGAACUCCGAGUGCCUCCAGACGCAGGACUCAAGAUUUCAAUGGAGGAGCUUCGGCAGAAUAUGUUCACCACAAACGUCCUUCUUCUUCCCGAAGGAGUGGCCAUGAACAUAGUGAAUUCCCCCAUGAACAGUACCACGCGAGUACUUCCUCUCCUCGUCCAGGUGCAGGUCACAGACCCGCAUACAUGAACCCGACUCCUCUCCACACUCCACCACCAUCCGCACAUGCCCACCACAGCAGUGGCAGUGGUACAAUGCCGCAUAUCUACUCCUACGUACCGGGCUUCACGGCUCAGCAAGCCGAAUACUUUCCCCAGCAAUCAUACACCCCUGGCCCUCAAUCACCCCCCCCCACCCGCGAUUCGGAUGGUAGAAGGUCAAGGACCACCAGGCGUCAAGCGACUUGGCAAGCCGGCGAACCCACCCCCCGCUCCCCGCCACAGCAAUCAAAGCCCAAGUUCACCAGAUCUCAGACCGAGCCAGCUACCACCGAUGCUGAGGCGGUUAGACGCAAGGCUGUAGAGCAUGGAAUUCCUCUAGACUACUCUUUGAAGAACUGGGACCCAGAGGAACGACCAAUCAUCCUCUUGGGAUCAGUUUUUGAUGCCAACUCUCUGGGAGAGUGGAUCUUCAACUGGACCAAGUACCACCAUGGAAAGACCCACGACGCCACAAAGACUGCUGGUGGAUUGUGGGAGCUUCUCACUGAGCUGAGCUCCAAGUUGAAGCGUGCUAGGGAAUUCUUUGGGUGCAUCAAGGCACCAGAGAACAGAGAGAUCUUGGACGACUUCAUGGAGAGUGGAGAGAGGCUUUGGCAGAAGUUGAAGUCUUUGUUGAGGAAUUGCGAGGAUUACAUGUGGAGGGGCGCCCGAGGUGUCGCUUCGCCAGGCCCUCAAGACAAGCCAGCUGUCCAGAUGGGAAAGAGGUCUGGAGCUGAGUUUGUUGACGCGAUGUUCAACGGCGAGAAGGAAUGGGAGAGGACGGAGAGACUCAUGAGGGGCAUGGCCACUUGGUGUCAGAGGUUCGAGGUCAACUGCGAGGACAUCCUGCGAAGUCCCAACGCUUAG